AUGAGUGCUGCAGCUUCAGCUGAAAAGUUCCUGCAGCCGCCAAGCGACGAAGAUUAUACAACCCAGUAUCGCGCGCCCUCUGCAUAUACGCCUCUUCACACCUUCCAGUUACCAAAGGCCGACAGCCGACAGUACCAGCAACAGUAUGGGGAUUUGUAUUUCUUGCGUCUGGCCAAGUUGAAGCCGGCUGCAGAGAAGGUCGGACGAGAGGCAUGGGAUGGUUUCAGCAUUGCUGGGGAAAAAGCGCGGAAAGUCGAAAGAGUGCUCGAUGUGCGACAAGGAGAACUAUGCUGGGUUGUCGGCACUAUCUACAUGGACCUACCAAUGAAACCUAAUAUCCUGGACGAUGUCGCGCAAGAUAACUUUGCUGCCGCGCCACCACCACGUCUUACCUACCUCGACCCUUCCAAUCCUGACGCCGUGGAGAUCAUGAUGGAAGACGAAUCGGGCCGUCUCCGACUGACAGGAAGUCUCCUCCGAGCGACUCACUUGGUUACCGGUGUCAUUAUUGCCGCAUUAGGGACAGAGAACUCCGACGGUGAUUUCGAUAUCAUCGAUAUCAAAGUCCCCGACUUUCCAAUUCAGUCACAGAGAUGGGAAAGGGCACCCUCCGACAAGACGGAUGAGAAGUUGAAGCGCGCUGAAAAUACAACGAAUUCAUCGAAAAUAGCUUUUGUCAGUGGACUCGGGAUGACUGGUUCAUCAGGCGAUACCCUCCCUUUAGAACUCUUGACAGAAUAUUUACUCGGCUACACUGGGACAGAUGGUGAAGAAGAUGUAUCUCCUACAAGAAUCUCUCGUCUGGUGAUAGCGGGCAAUUCACUGGGCGAUGUUGAGACAGUAAGUACCGUAGUAGCGAAGAACGCGCCUAAGAAAUACGGAUACGAUGCCUCCACAUAUAAUGCGUCGCCCAUAAUUCAGCUUGACAACUUUCUUUCCGAGAUACUCCCUACUAUACCCGUGACCUUGAUGCCAGGCGAGACGGACCCGGCAAACUUUUCCCUUCCUCAGCAGAGCAUCCACCGAGCAAUGCUCCCAAAUUCAAGGGCCUACUGUUCUGAUGGCCAACCGGGAGAUAAAGGUGUGGAGCCAGGUUGGUUUGACAACGUGACAAACCCAUGGGAGGGAUACGUGGAUGGAUGGCGAUUGUGGGGAUGCAGUGGUCAGAAUGUGGAUGAUGUACUACGGUACCUCGACUUUGCCGAUGAAGACGGAAAUCUGGCGGCUGGUAAUGACGGCGAAACGAGAAUAAGGGUAAUGGAAGCCAUGCUGAGAUGGCGAUGUGCAGUGCCAACGGCGCCUGAUACGAUAUGGUGCUAUCCUUUUCAAACCCAUGAUCCUUUUAUUUUGCAGGCCUGUCCGCACCUGUUCUUCAUAGGCAACCAGCCCGAGUUCAAGAGCGUGGUGGUGGAGAGCGAACCUCCAUUCCGACUGAAUGGGCAGGACUCGGAAAUGAAGGAUGCUCAAUCAACAACGCGUGUGCGCUUGGUCUCUAUACCCAAGUUUUAUCAAACUGGAGAGCUGGUUCUCGUUGACUCGGAAACGUUAGAAGUCGAAGUUGUGAAGUUCAAAACCUUUGGAGAAUAA